AUGACGUCGCUGCCAGUUCCCGUCCCAUCGCAGGUCGAUCCGGUCCUCCGUGAAGGCUAUUCAAAGAUCUUCGAGGCGCACACAGUCUUUCUAACCGGAAGCACUGGGUCUCUGGGAGGAUGUCUAUUGUAUAAACUGGCCCUUCAGUUGCCUGCACGCAGGAUCUAUGUUUUGAUUCGGGGUCCACCAGAGCAGGCAAUUGAGAAAUGGAAGAGGGCCAUGCCCAACCAGACGAAAGCCAUGCUGGAUUCGAAGAAAAUCGAAUUUGUGAUGGGGGAUAUGAAAGAUGUGGACUUUGGAAUCGAAGCCAGAGUCAUGGAGCAGCUACGCGACCAAAUCACGCUGGUGAUUCAUACGGCCGCCAAAAUCAGUCUGGAGUCCAGUCUGGUGGACGCAUUCGAGAACAACUGCCUCCCUGCACUGGAGUUGGCCCGGAUUGCAUCGCGCUUCCGACGUCUGAAGCUUCUCAUCCAGCUGUCAACUGCCUACUGCAACAGCUUCCUUCCCGACGGCCCGGUCUUGGAGCGGCCGUACACCGUCGCCAACGAAGAUCCAGAAGAUGAACUUGCAUCGAUCUUGACGCUGGACGACUCCCCCCACGCGCCCCGUUUCUCCUCGACGUAUGCCCAGGCCAAAUACAUCAUGGAAAAGCUCCUACUAAAGCGCUAUCCGCUUCUACCGAUUCUCCUUGUUCGCCCAACCAUCUUCGGUCAAGCAUUGCGACAUCCGUAUCCACUGUAUGGACUGGAGGAUUCAACACCGCUGAACAAAUUCUAUCAAUUUUACAUGGCAGACCAGGGCGCGACGCAGGUGUGGCACGCCGCAAGAGGCUACAAAACAGGCGCCAACAUCAUCGACGAGAUACCCGUCGACUUUGUGGCCAAUGCAUGUCUACUUCACGCCGCAGCACGCACCACGGGCAUUGUGCAGAUUGGCUCCGAGCUGUACGAGCCCUUUACUUUUGACGAGUACAUCGACAUCGCCAUGACCAAUGCCCCGCCGUCGAUCCGACGCGAGCUUCCGCAGAUAGUCUUCACGGAGGACCAAAGCGCACCACAAUGUUUCCUGGCUGAAUUGGUCCAGGUUGCGUCACGCAAUUGGUUGUUCGACUGUGGUCGUUCCUACUGGAUGAAACAGGUGGGAGGGCCAUUGAGUCUACGUGCAUGCAGAGAUCAGGUAGACAGUAUCAACAAGUUGCGAAUUCAAGGGAUCUACAGAAAGGGGAUGAAAAAGGCCAAAAUGUGA